UUUAGACACUUUUUCCCCUGAGCCAGAGAGAACAGAACAGAACCGAACAGAAAAGGCAAAACCUUCCACAGUCAUUGACCAAGUUGCUGGCGAACCAGCAGCUUACCAGACUCUCUUUUUUUUUCGGUGUUGGUUGCAAGUGCGCCUCUGUGUCUCUCUCUCUGUGUCUGUGUGAGUGUGCUCGUGUGUUCGUGUCGUUUUUAGCCUUUGAGCUGCCAAAUUGCACAAGUGAAACAUUCGCCAUGGGCUAAAGAACAACACCCAAAAAUGAACGACCAAAUCUUUCGCUUCCGUUCCAACAGUGUCUAGUGCCUGACUUUGAAGGAGUUUCAAUUUUAUUUUUAAUUUAAAUUUUUUUUUUUUUAAUUUCUUCUUGAAAUUCACUGAAUUUUUUGGGGGGGUUUGAUUGGAAGAAAUCAAAAGAAGAAAUAUAUCUUGGAGAGGGGUGGGGUGUGGAGGAGUCGUCGUAUGUGGACUGGCGGCGGCCGUGAGUGAGUUGAGACAUGGGCAUCAUCGGCGAGAUGAAGCGCGACAAAUCGUUGGGAAGCAGCGCCAGCAGUGGCAACAGUAGCAGUGGCAACCGGAGCGGCAGCAGUUUGUCGAGCGACCGGCCUCGCCCGCUCUCGGCCUUCUGGGGCGGACUCGGCUCCAAAUCCUCGUCGCCCAAAUCGGAGCCUGUCGUGCCCAAGGGCUACAAGCUCAAGCACUCGUACGGAGGAUCUACCGGACACUUGGACGCCUACGGAGCCGGAAUGGGUGGCGGGAUGAGACCGGCUGUCUCCAUGCCCGUAGUGGCGGCCGCCGCUGCUGCUGCCCACCACCUUCCGGUGGCGUCGCCCAGCAGCCGGAACAAUACCACCAGCAGCAGCAGCAGUAGUGGCAGUCAUCCCAUUAGCGGGUCCAACAACAUCAACAAACAUCAUCGCCACCAACAACAUCGCAACAGUUUGCCGCCGGCCUUGAUUCAACAUCCUUCGCUGCAGCAGCGACCCAAUCAGCAACGGCCACCGUCGCGUGCAAUCAGCACCGGUGGCUUAACGUCCCGGAUGAAAGUGGAUCCCGAAUUGAUCUUCACCAAACAGGAGAGGAUCGGCAAGGGCUCGUUUGGCGAAGUGUUUAAAGGCAUCGACAACCGGACGCAGCAGAUCGUGGCCAUCAAAAUCAUCGACCUGGAAGAAGCCGAAGAUGAGAUCGAAGACAUCCAGCAAGAGAUUAUGGUGCUGUCGCAGUGCGACAGCCCUUACGUCACUCGCUACUACGGAUCCUACCUCAAAGAGACGAAACUGUGGAUCAUUAUGGAGUACCUGGGCGGCGGUUCGGCGCUCGACCUGAUGAAGGCCGGCCAUUUCGACGAAAUGCAAAUCGCCAUCAUCCUCCGCGAAGUGCUCAAGGGCUUGGAGUACCUUCACUCCGAACGCAAACUCCAUCGCGACAUUAAAGCUGCCAACGUGUUGCUGAGCGAGCAGGGCGACGUGAAAUUGGCGGAUUUCGGCGUUGCCGGCCAGUUGACCAACACGACCAGCAAGCGCAACACCUUUGUGGGAACGCCCUUCUGGAUGGCACCUGAAGUCAUCAAGCAAUCAGCCUACGACUCAAAAGCGGACAUAUGGUCGCUGGGCAUCACGGCUAUCGAACUUGCCAAAGGGGAGCCACCCAAUUCCGAUUUGCAUCCCAUGCGCGUCCUCUUCCUCAUCCCAAAGAACAAUCCGCCUCAAUUGACGGGCAAUUACUCCAAGCAGUUUAAGGAGUUUGUCGAAGCUUGUCUCAAUAAAGAUCCAGAAAAUAGGCCAACGGCCAAGGAGCUGCUGAAAACGCCUUUCAUCCGCAAGGCCAAAAAGAAUCCCUACCUGAUCGACCUGAUUGACCGCUUCAAAAAAUGGCGGAUGAUGCACAACGGCGACAGUGGCACCGAUUCCGACAAUUCCGACUCUGAGGGCUCUCACACGGACAACGACGCCAGCGAUCCGUGGAUCAACACGGUGACGAGCAUCGAGUCGAUCGUGGCCCGCAGUGGCUACCCGUCGGAUUGGAGCGACAACGGAGGAGAUAACAAAGAGUCGACCACCAGCAGCAGCAGCACCAACAAGGUGUUGUCAUCCUCUGAGCAGCAGCAGCAGCAGUCACGUUCCCCGCCAUCUUCAGCGCCGGUCAAGAGUCCGAUGAACGGGAAUUCCGUGACGGUUGUCGCGGCCGUCGCCUCGUCCACCACCACCAACUCCUCGGGCGAUCGAAACCUGUCACGAUCCGAUGCCGAGCUAUCCAAAUCGCCUCCCAAAGAGUUGUCCAGUCCCAGCAAACAACCAGACCAGAACAACAGGAGGUUACAGGCCAGCCCUUCCAGGGCCGGCGAGGUCGGAGUCAGGAGAUUUGAGGAGCCGGAACGGGACAGAGACAGUCGCACUGAACAUCAUCAUCAACAGCAGCAGCAGCGAAGCCGUGGUGAAAAGCAACAGGCCCCGCCUCCACCCAUUAAGGAUCUCAACCGGCGCAAUAAUGACGAGCCGGACACUACGACAAAACCUCACAGAUCCUCGCAGCAGCAGCAGCAGCACAAUUCGAGGCCAAAGAAUGCCGUGCCCACCGUCAUCUCGCCCCUCCUUGUCGACCUAUCAAAGAGGUAUCGCGGUGGCAACGGUGGCAACGGUAAAAGUCCGCUGGAUGAAUUGCUCCACGCUUUCGAGAUGGCCGAGAGGUCCAGUCCAGGCGUCACGGAACUCUUUGUUCGAGAUUUGCUGGCCAAAAUGGUGCCCAACAUGACCGAGUCCCGCGUCAAAUCUGUCGUCGAUCGAAUGAUUAGAGAUUCAUCCUAGGUGACACGAGAGACCUAAUUCAAGCGAAAUUUGAAACAAAAAGAAGAAGAAGCUGAUCGUACUUAUCGAGUGAGAAAAAUUUUGUUGUGUCUAACCCGAUGACGACGCCAUCAUCAUCACCCAUUCCCUCCCCUCCUCUCGUCUUUGUUUUACAUAUAAUUAAACAAACAAACAAAAAAUAAGAGAAUCAGAAGAAUAAGGAAAAAAAGAGACAGAAAAGAAGAGAAUAGCUGAUAUAACUAUUGUUAAUCAUUUCCCCCCUCCUGUUAUUUGUAUCCGGAGCGGUUCCUUCCGCCCUCCCACAGCUCCGAGAGUGUGUGCGUGUAUGUUGUGUGUGCCGUAGAGAGAGAAAUGUUGUCGAUGGAGGGGAGGAGAAGGAUCCGGGGAAUUUUCAAAAAAUAUUUCUUUUUUUUUUUCUUUCAAAAAAUUUAAAAAUAAGAAAAUCAAUUUAUUAUUAAUAAGGGGAGAAAAGAGAGUCCUAGCGUGAUUGUGUUAUAUAUAUAACUACCUUGUGGAGAAAAAAAUGUUUUUCCCCCCUCUCUUUCCUUCUCUCUGUGGUUGAAAUUUAAACAUUUUUUCGUUGUUGUUUUCAUUUAAUUGAGAAUGCAAACGGAAAGUCACAAAAAAAAAACGAAUAGAAGAAAAAGUUGUUUUGUUUUUGGGGUAGUCGUGCGCUACACUUAAAAAAGUCUUUAGGGAUGGAAGAUUUUUUUGAACCAUAGGAUUUGAAACAGUUGAGAAAAAAAAAAUCAAAUUUUUUAUUGGUGUGUGGUGUAAUUAUAAAGAAAAAACCUUGUUGCAAGUCCUUUUUGAUUCUUCCAACGUAUUUAGUGAAAAAGUUAAACAAAAAAACAUCAUUCGGUUCAAUUCUCUCCCCAGGCUCCUACAUUUCUUUUGUUUGGUUGUUUCAUUUCCGCUCGCCUCUACAUUUUGCGUGUGUGUUUGUAAUAUCUUUUUUAGGGUUUUCUUUGUACAGACCUUCUACCCCCCAUCCCCCUUUCUCUCCCCGUUUUUUGCAAAUAGUUAAAGAAAAGAGCAAAAGAAAAAUUUAAAAGGAAAAAAUACCGUGAAUGUUUUUUCAUACCACACACUUCCCUCCUCCUCUCCCAUCCAUCAAAAUGAUUUAAACUAAUACAAAAUUUCAACAACUCCAAA